AUGACGGUAGUUAACAGAGUGGUGAAGCCCCCUGGUGGCGACUCCACCGCCGAUGUGCUCAACUGGAGCGAGGGCGCUGACGCUGGCGUUCCCGAUGUGCUUGGUAGCGGAAAGAAGUGCAUCAAGCGCCUUAGCCAGAAGAACUUCGAGAGCCAAGUGGUCCUCGCCCACGUGGAGGCUGACACCAAGCAAUCAGAGACUCCCGAGGUUGCACCCGCUUCCGACAACAUCUUCACGCCGUCCGAUCAGACCGACCGUCCCAGCGUGCGCCUCCACCAGCCUGCAGGCGGCAAGAGCCAGAUCCUGUUCGGCGACGAGGACUACCUGCCGACCAAGGCGCUGUGCCCGCAGAAGCUGACGGACCUCAUGGGCACUCUCAGCUGCGAGCCCGACAGCGAGGAGAAGCGCCGCCCGCUGUGCCAGGCGAAGCUUAAGGACCUGUACGGCUCGCUGUCCCUGUACGGGGAGGAAGUUGUGGAGGAGGUCCGCCCGUCCAUCACCGUGCACCAGCUUCCCGGUGGUGCGAGUUCUAUUAUCUUCGGCGGAGACACGCCCCCCAGCCCGCCGAAACGUCGACCGUCCGAUCGGAAGAUCAUCGAUUUGAUGGGUCGCGGGACGAUGGAGCCGACGGACGCUGGGAAGCAGCAGCUUAGCGCGGCAAAGCGUCGCGAGCUGCAGGGAGAGGAUAUCUUCGCGGACGGAAAGCUCAACAUCCGCAGCUGCAUCGGCAUCCACCAACCGCCUGGUGGUGGGAGCUCGCUGUCGCUGGUGUGA